AUGUCUCGCCCUCUCACCGGCGGCAUCUACGUGCCUACAGUCGCCUUCUUCGAUUCCAACGAAGAAGUCGACACGGCCACCACCGAAAAGCAUGCCGUUAACCUCGCCAAAGCCGGUGUCGCUGGUAUCGUUGUGCAAGGCAGUAACGGUGAAGCUGUACACUUGGACCGCGCGGAACGCAAACUCAUCACCAGCCUGACCCGCAAGGCUCUUGAUGCCGCUGGGUUUGAGAAGCUGCCCGUCAUCGUCGGUACAGGCGCACAAUCUACCCGAGAAACAAUCCUUCUUUCCAAGGAUGCCGCUGAAGCCGGCGCGGAUUAUGUCAUUGCGCUCCCUCCUUCAUACUACAAGGGUCAGGAUACAUCUUCGUCUCGCCUUCAAUAUUUCAAGGAUGUGGCCGAUGCGUCUCCCAUCCCUGUCUUGAUCUACAACUUCCCCGGCGCCGCUAACGGCGUUGACCUUAACUCCGAUGAGAUCAUCGAACUAUCUCAACACACGAACAUCAUCGGCGUAAAACUCACGUGCGGAAACACCGGCAAACUCGCCCGUAUUGCCGCCAACGUCAAGCCCGGAUUUCUCACUCUUGGUGGUUCAUGCGAUUUCAUCCUCCAGACUUUGAUUGCUGGUGGUCAGGGCGUGAUUGCCGGUACCGCCAACAUCAUUCCUCGCACUUGCGUUCAAGUAUACAAGCUCUACGAGGAUGGCAAACUGGCUGAAGCGCAGAAGCUGCAGGCCCUUGUUGCUCGCGCUGACUGGGUGUGUAUUCAGGGAGGAUUCCCAUCCGUGAAAGCUGCGUUGCAGGCUUUCUAUGGAUAUGGAGGUGUUCCCAGACGGCCAACUCCUGCUGCUGAUGUGCAGGCUACCAAGGCCAGCUUUGAGGAGAGUUAUGCAGUUGAACAGAGCCUUGCUUAG